AUGCAGCUUUCUCACCUAAUCGCACUGACAUGUGUGCUUGCGCCCGUCUGGGUUGUCCUCUACUGGGUAGUUCCAUACUUCACCACUUACCGACACCUGAAGCAUAUCCCAGGCCCUUUCGUGGCCAAGUUCAGUAACACCUGGAUUGCACUAGGCGCUCGUCGAGGUCAGAAGUUUGCCUGGGUUGAUUCUGCCCAUCGCAAGUACGGCAAAGUUGUCCGGGUCGGAUUCAACCAUGUCUCGAUUGCCACGCCCGAGGGACUGCGCACAGUCUAUGCGCACGGGAAUGGCUUCUUGAAAGACCAUUUCUAUGAUGCUUUUGUUUCUGGAGUCCCUGGAGUCUUUAAUGUGCGCCACCGGGGCGAGCAUACUAGGAAGCGCAAGAUUGUCGCUCAUGCGUUUUCCCCUGGAGCUGUGCAGGAUUUCGAGCCGCACAUGGCCGCCAACCUAAAGCGAUGGGUUGAUCAACUCGAUCGCAUGGCUGCGUACCCGACUACAGAAGAUGGCUUCUCGCGGGUCAACAUGAUGCCAUGGUGCACCUUUCUGGCCUUUGACAUUAUCGGCGAUCUGGCAUUCGGAGCGCCCUUUGGCAUGGUUGACCGCGGUCGCGAUGAGUGUGAAUCGACUCUGCCUGGAAAGCCCAAGACGUACGUUCCCGGCGCCGAGACUCUCAAUCGACGGGGAGAAGUGAGUUCAACACUUGGUCUCCUACCUGAAUUACGGCCCUUCGCGAAGCACCUACCGGACCCGUUCUUUUCCAAUGGACUGCAGUCGGUGGUUGAUCUUCACGGAAUUGCCGAGGCUGCUGUUUCCAAGCGUCUUGGAUCGGCCGAGAAAGGUCUAUCAACAGAAGGAGAUCGAAAUGAUAUUUUGGAGAUGCUUUGCCACAGCAAAGACGGUGAUGGAAACCCGAUGCCGAGGGAUGAGUUGGUCUCCGAGGCACUGACCCAACUCAUUGCAGGCAGUGACACAGUCUCCAACACGGCUUGUGCUGUUAUCUACUGGAUCCUGCAAGGUGAACGAUCCAAUCCUGGAAAGAUUGUUUCUAGACUCCAGACGGAGCUUGACGCCGCUAUUCCUUCCGGCUCUUCCAUCGCCGCUCACAGUAUGGUCAAGAAUCUGCGGUUUCUCCGACAGUGCAUCGACGAGGGAAUGCGGUUGCACUCGACGUCAGCCCUUGGACUUCCCCGACUCGUCACCUCUCCACGGGGAGUGUCUUACGGCCAAGACCACUUUCCCGAGGGCACCGUGCUUUCGGUACCUAGCUAUACCCUCCAUCACGACGCGGACAUUUGGGGCCUGGAUGUGGAAGAGUUCAAGCCUGAUCGCUGGCUGAGCCUGACCGAUCACCAGAAGAUGGGCUUCAACCCUUUCUCAUACGGCCCGAGGGCGUGCGUUGGUCAGAACGUGGCCCACAUGGAAUUGGCCCUGAUUAUAGGCACUGCGUUCCGUCGGUAUGAUUUCACACUCUACCAGGGGAAGCUGGAGUCGCAUGAGGGAUUUUCCAAGAAACCUGUGGAAUGUUGGGUUGGAAUUAAGAGAAGAGAGGUUUGA